UAGAGGUCACCACAUCCCCACCUACGAACAUGUCCUCAUCGAGCAUGUCGAGCGACAAGGCGAAGAGAAGGGUGCUGUUUGCGGAGUCCGACAAAGAGUUCGUCGACGUCCUCUUCAGCUUCCUCACCCUGCCUCUCGGCACCAUCGUUCGUCUCUUCGACAAGCAGUCUCAUGUAGGAUGCCUCGACAAAGAGCGUGGAGUGUCUCGGUGAAGGCCACUUCCAAGCCAAGCCGUGCAAGGCGAUGCUUCUUGCGCCGGUCAAUGCAGCAGCAGCCUACUGCCACCGGCUUCAAGUGAAAGUUGACGACAGCAACCCGGUGUAUCACUGCAAAAAUGAAAAGUGCUCCUAUCCCUGGUAUAGCUCCACCCCUUAUGCUGUUUGCAGAUGUAGAAAUGUUGUCGAGUACGCCGGCCGGGGAAUGGGAAGACAUAAAUCGCCGUGCUGUUCUUGGAGACAGUAAUGAGGAUGGGGGUUUUGUCAUCAGUGACUCCAAGUUCAUCAUAACAGAUGAUCUCCAAGUUUCUCUUGCAUCCACAAGGGUUAUGUUUUCUCUGAUGGACCAAUUUGGGAUCCCGGGAAAUGGAAACAUCGAGGCGAAAGUGCUCCAACUCAAUUCUGCCAAGGUAUGUCUCCUACGUACCGUGCACAUCAAUACAUCAUCACACUGGAGAAAUUAUUUGUACUACUACUGUAAGUUAGUACUCCCUCCGUAAACCCUAUUUAUUUACGGAGGGAGUACUACUAAUAUAACCUAGUUGCACUGAAUUUCUUCCAGAUGACUAGGUUGCUCCAGAGAGCAAUGCUGACAAAGCAGCCUUUAACUGGACUGUAUUUCAAUGUUGCUAUUGGGCCGAAUGGUACAUAUCUUUGUAAGCUUCAUGAGAAUCUGUUGGCAGAACAAUCAGCUGAGGCCACUGAUCCCAACUUCAAAGCCAUCAAGGUGAGGCUUGUGCAGACCAAGGAUAAACUCAUCAGUGCUGUACGCUGAGGUUGGGCAAGAUUUCGUCGACCUUGCCUUUGGACUCCUCUGUAUUCCCGUUGGAACUAUCAUGAAGACUUUUAGUCACUUGCCCCAGAACGGAUGCAUGGGUAAUCUUUACAGGAGUGUAGCUGGAAGUGUGAAAGAAGAAUGUCAAGGCGUGCUGCUGACCCCAAAGGUAGCGCCUUUCUUUGGGUGCAGCAGCAAUGUACUGCAGGUAGAAGAAUUGGCUGGUAGACGAAUCUUUGCACGUCGUUUUUUGGAGAUGAAUCCCAGAUCCCAUGAUGAUACUAGUGUUAGAGGCUACAUCAAAGGUACCCCAAUAAACUUCAUGGUGACCAACGAUCUCCAGAUUAUGCCGUUAUCCUUGACCAACACCAUCCAGCUCCUGCACGCAUCCAACAUUCCGAAGAAUAAGCUUGUGGAGAAAGAACUCACGCUCGACAAAACCCAGGUUCUGAAGAUCGUCAGAGCUGCAUUCGAGACACGUGAAGCGCUGAGCAGCGCGCUUCUCCCUUAAAGCAGUAACGGCGUUUGCUAAGCUAGCCUUGAGCCUCCUCCAGCCCUCCACUGAUCUGGAGCCCUAAAAUAUGAGAAGGUGUUACUAGAAGUUUUAUUUUCUCAAUGUUUAAUGUUUGCAGUCUUGCUAGCUCCUUGUUAGUUGUUACUUUAUUGUCUCUUCGAACAUCAGUUGUAGACGUAUAUCGCCUACUCAAUUUGAUUCUGAAUUUCUACUCGUACACAUCAAA